CAUAUGAUUGUGUGUCCGUGUGUGUGCUGCAGAGAUCUGGAAGUAGCUGUAUAACGGGAUUUUGUGUUUAAGCUAUUGCCACUGCCAGAAGUGGUAAAACACAAUUACAUUAAGAUCAGUGUCACGAAGAAAGCAAUAGAAACUACCAGGUCAUGGCAAAGCAAGAGCAGCCUGGUCUUUUGAUCCUUGAAAUAGGAGGUGUAUGUGGUGUGCUGGAAGGCCAUGUGGAGCUCUUGAAGAAACACUUUCACCUUAUCACCAUGAACGAAUUUCUUAAAAACAAAGAAAGAUUGAGUGAAAAGAUCAAAUCUGUUUUCAUAUAUGAAAACAGACCAGUUGUUGACCGGGAGCUCCUCCAGAGCCUACCUCACUUAAAGGUGAUUGCAAACUCUGGGGUAGGAGUGAAUCACUUGGACUUAAAAUUGAUUUCGAGCUUUGGAGUUAAAGUGACCAAUACUCCACAUGCUGUUUCUGACUCUACAGCAGACCUUGGGAUGGCCUUGAUGCUAGCAUCUGCCAGAAGGCUAGUGGAAGGUUGUCAGAUUGCAGUUUCUCCACAGACUGAGUGUUUUGCUGCUGACUGGCUGGGAGAUGAAGUCACUGGGGCUACUCUCGGUAUCAUCGGCAUGGGCAGCAUUGGGUAUAAGGUGGCCAAGAGGGUCAAAGCUUUUGAAAUGAAAAUUCUGUACCACAACAGGAACCAGAGAAAAGAAGAGGAGGAACAGGCUGUUGGUGCUCGCUACUGUGAAAAGAUGGAAGACUUGCUCCAGCAAUCUGACUUUGUGAUACUGGUCGUGAACCUGACACCUCAGACACACAAAUUCAUUGGGAAACGGGAGUUAGAGCUGAUGAAACCCACUGCUACUCUCAUUAACAUCAGCAGAGGUGCAGUAGUUGAUCAUGAUGCAUUGGUGGAAGCUCUCCAAAAUGGGAUUAUUAAGGCUGCAGCUUUGGAUGUGACAUACCCUGAACCUCUGCCAAGAGAUCAUCCAUUAUUAAAAUUAAAGAACAUUAUCAUAACUCCUCACAUUGGAACUGCUACAGUCCAAGCCACCCGUAUGAUGACAGAAGAAGCAGUAACAAAUAUACAGGCUGUUCUCAAUGGUCUCCCCAUUCCUAGUGAAGUGAUCCCUCAGUGACAUGUCAGAGAACAUAAAUACACAGUGUCAUGUCUGUGAAAGGACUUUAUUCUACUGAAUCAUACAGUAACUUUGCAGUGCAAUCAAUGGUUAAUAAUGACAAGUGAACAUGUUCCUACACUGCUGUCACAUUUAUGCUGCCGCCCCAGUGGCUAUUUUGUAUAAUUGCUCUCCAGUCAUGUGAUAAUUUGACUAAUAAAGUCAGUUGUUCAAAGGCUCUUA